AUGAAUUCCCAACCACAUUUUGAUCCGGCCAUCAUGUCGGGCCUGGCCGGCGCCCCGGGAAGAGCAGAGGACAACUUCGACAUCUUCGAAUGGUACCCAUGCUAUCAGAGCUGUCAGCGCUACUUUUUGGACCAGGCUCAACACAGCGUCCCCGUCCAAGCGCUAUCCGCCUUUUUGAAUAUCCGACUCCCCUUCCAGCGACAAACCCCCAUCUUGAAUUCGACCUCAACCCCGAACUCGAACUCGCAUUCUAAUCCGUCAGCAGCCGGGUUGGGCCAUCAACCUCCACCAAGCCCACCCGCUGCCUCGUUAAUUCCUUACAUUCGCCGUUUAGUCGCCACCGGAAUGGAUUUCCCGGGCGUCUUGCAUGGAUUCUUUGGUGAUGAUUGGGGCAGCGGAGUUGGACCUUUGCAUGAGCAGGAACGUCGCAACUAUCUAUUUGCUGCGAAGAGCGGAGGCUGGGCUGGAGUGAAGAAAGACUACGACAUGUCACCGUUGGAGACGAUCCCAUUCUUGCGCCCGCUACAGGGGCCCUUGGACGCUGAGAUUGAAGCCGCCGAGCGCAGUUGGAGUGAAUGGCUCGCCAUGGAAGACUGGAUGGUUGGACCGCGUGCACCAGAUGUUCUCAGGGACUCUUCUUCUCAGAACUCGCGACCUCGAAGUUCACGCGGGUGA